AUUAGCAAAGCUUUCUCCCGGGCCGGGCCUGCCUCUCCAGAUCAGAGGCCACCUUCGACUGGCUCCUAUCUUUUCUUUCACCUCCUAUGAGACCUGUGACAACUUGCUUCCUUCUUCAUAUCCCAUCGCCUAGUACCCCUAGGUGGUGCCCACUGCAGGGCGCCCACCCUCCAGGAAGAGGCACCUCGGGGCGGGUUCGUAGGCCUGGGCCGCGCACCCGAGCGUCUGGGCGACCCUGGCGGCGCGCCUGGCCCCGCGCCCGACCCCCAUCCCCCGCGCGCUUUCUCUGUUUUUAUUCCAAAAAUCCUCCUCUUCCGCCUCCCUUCCCCGCCUCCAGGUUUUUCCCUUUCCUCGAGGAAGCGAAUCAGAUCGCUCAGGGCGUCGCGGAGCCGAGCGGUCUGCGGAGCGGGCAGUGAGCGGGGACCGGGGCGCAGGAGCGGGGACCGGGGCGCAGGAACGGGGACAGAGCCUUCCCGCGGGGCUUUGCUGGGCUUUGCGGGGCGCGCGGCGCAGAGUCCCGGGCUGCAGCUCGGCGGUUGUUCUACAUCCUCAGGAUUGACUGGAUUUCUUCAAAAUGUCAGAUCUAGUCCCUACAGCCCAGGAGCAGCCCACAGGUGAAAUGGAAACUCAAACAAAAUCACCAGAUGCACACCCUGAUGCUCCUCCUGACUACAAUUCUCAUUUUGUGGCAGGACCCCCUGGACCGGCUGUCCCUCCAACUGCAGGCUACCCAGGCGGAUUGCCUAUGGGAUACUACGGUCCACAGCUGCCCAGCGCCUUUCCCUUGUACCAACCAACUGGUAGUACCCAUCCUAUCCAGUAUCAGCCUGGCAAAUAUCCUGGGCCCAAUCAGCUUAUUCCAGUUCCAUGGAUGCCACGGCCAUCACCCAUGCCAAACUGCCCUCUUGGCCUGGAAUACUUAAUUCAGCUGGACAACAUACACGUUCUUCAGCAUUUUGAGCCUAUUGAACAGAUGACAAAUUUCGAAACCAAUAACAGAUAUGAUAUUAAAAACAGUGCAGACCAGAUGGUUUACAUCGUAAAUGAAGAUACUGAUGACUUUACCAGGAAUGCUUAUCGGACGCUAAGGCCCUUCGUCCUCAGGGUCAUUGACUUCAUGGGACGAGAGAUCAUGACGAUGCAGAGACCUUUCCGAUGCACCUGCUGCUGCUUCUGCUGCCCCUCAGCCAGGCAAGAGUUGGAGGUGCAGUGUCCUCCUGGAGCCACAAUCGGCUUUGUGGCAGAGCACUGGAACCUGUGCAGAGCCGUCUACAGCAUCCAGAAUGAGAAGAAAGAAAACGUGUUGAGAGUGCGCGGACCCUGCUCUACCUAUGGCUGUGGCUCCGACUCUGUUUUCGAGGUCCAGUCCCUGGACGGUGUGUCCAGCAUUGGCAGCAUUAUCCGUAAGUGGAAUGGUCUGUUGUCCAACAUGGGAGAUGCUGACCACUUUGACAUCCACUUCCCGUUGGACCUGGAUGUGAAGAUGAAAGCCAUGAUAUUUGGAGCUUGCUUCCUCAUUGACUUCAUGUACUUUGAAAGGUCUCCACCACAACGCUCAUCAAGAUAGAGAGACACAGCCAAUCAUCAAUUAUGGUUAAUGCAAAAAAUUGGAAAAAACUGCCUUAGGCUUACAGUUAACCCUCAAUUAUUUGCAAGUAUAUGUCUCUGCUUUGCAGAUUCUUUGUAUUGGGGGUAAGGUUUGACAGCCAGACUGAGAGUGUGAGUCCAAGACCACAGUCAGAACAUGUGCUUCAGCUCAGAAUCUGUCUACCCGGUGGCCUGGGAAUUCCUUCUGAGAAGCGACGACCAUUUACCAAGGAAGCACACACAAACAAGCUUUUUAAUGCUGUGGCCCUGGGUUGUGGGAACAUGAAUCCAGAGUUCCCACACCUAUAGGUAGUGAAAUGGCAGACUGCUAUUGAGACCUGGCUUCUAUCUCUAGCCCUUUCCCCUUUCUUCUCUCCAUUAAUAUGUCCUUUAGUAGGAAGCAAACUCAAUUUCUGGUAAAAAUAAUUAUAUACUUCAUCUGUAAAGACCAAAGGGUAGACAGACAGAAAUAUUACAUUGUAUUGUAAAAGGAAAUUUUUACUUGUGCACCAAUAUCCAAACCUCAUUCUGGCCAGGCACAGUGGUGCAUGCCUGUAAUCCCAGUGGCUCAGGAGGCUGAGGCAGAGAAUCUUGAGUCUAAAGCCAGCCUAAGCAAUUCAGUGAGGCCCUAAGCAACCCAGCAAGACCCUGUUUCUAAAUAAAAUAUAAGCAAUAGCUGGGGAUGUGGAUUCAAUGCCUGGUACCAAAAAAUCCCCCCCAAAACAAACAAACUAAAAAAGCCCAUUCUGCCAAGUAUAUAAAAGUUUCAGCAAGAAAUUCAAUUUUAUUACAAAAUAAAACAUGUGUUCUUUUUUAUUAUAAUUUUUAUAUAUUACAUGCUAUUUUUUUUUUAUUCCUGGACAUGGACAAUCAGAAGCUGUGUGUAUCUAAAGGCAGGAUCAGACUAUCAGGAAAACAGCUGACCAGGACCACAGCUAACCAAGAUCUCAGUAUCAUAGGGACAUUAAUGUCCUUACAGGAACCCUGCAUUCAAUACAUCUAUACAUAAUAAUUUGCACAUUUAAUGUAGAAUGUCUGUUGGUCACCAAUGCCUUACACAUGAAUGUCAAAUAUUGUCUGUUGAAUCUCUUUAUCUCACUGGACGUGAUACAAAAUAAAUGACUUUUUCCUUUCAAAAUUCCAGGUGACCAUAAAACUGCUCCAAUGGCAAGAAAUGUAGAUACAUUUUCAAUUUUUAAAUGUAACAUUUUGUGUAGCGGUUUAUAAAAGUGCAAGCUACAAAUCCUGAUGCUGCUUAAGGCUUUGCUGCUUUUUAUUUACAUAUUGCAUAAAUUUUACACGAAGAAAACAGUAAAACACAGCCAUCGUGGUAGUUCUGUAUGGUCUAUAGGUUAUCAAUAAGGAUUAUGCAGGACUGACAGAGUCCAAACAUCCCUUGUGCUCCUUUGUAGUUAAAAGCAGGGUGGGGCAGGGCACAGCAGUACAUGCCUGUAAUCCCAGCCACCUGGGAGGCAGAGGCAGGAAGAUUUCAAGUCCAAGAUCAACCUCAGCAACUUACCAAGGCCCUAGGGACUUGGAGAGCCCCUGUUUCAAAAUAAAACAUGAAGAAAGGGCUGGGGUACAAAAAAAAAAAAAAAAAAAAAACAGGGUGUUUAAAUGAAUACAUGGACUGACUUGACUCUGUUGUCUGUCCACUUCAUUCCUAGGUAUGGACGGUGUUCUUCCAACACAGCCAGUGAUAGAAUGGGAUGCAUUCCUCUAUGACUUAUUAGCUAAAGCAAACCUGAGUAUUCUCAGAUGGAGUGUUUUGAGAUGAAAGCCUUAGCCCUCAUUCUUUUUGCAAUGAAAGAAAGGAGCCUCAUUUUAAAAUUAUACUAAUAUUUUAAUGGUAAAAGUUGUUUUACUUAGUUAUUUGUAAUAUUCGUUUUUACAUGCUGCUAAGAGCUUUUCUUAAAAAAAAUGCAAGAGCUGCUGCUUUCUAAAAUAAUAAUUGCCUUAUAUUUGAAAAUGAAAUUAUGAUCCUAAACAGAUAAGUGGAAAGUGUUUUCUGUAAUGAGGUCUGACAUUUUAUAUAGAAAACCAGACAAAUCGUAUUCAGAAAGUUUAUGUAUGUGAAUUUUUUAUUGUUACUUUUCAGUAUUCAAAGACCUGAAACAUAUUAAUAGUACAACAGGACAUAUUUUACUUUCUGUUUAAGGUUUUAUGGUAUUAACAUAUCUUUUUUCAGUUACAAUGUCUCUUUCUUUAAAACAAUGUCAUGCAUCAUAUUUUUAACAUACAGUUCACAUUAUCAUUUCUUAAUGGCAUUUCAUUGUGUAAAAUUAAUCAGGUGGACUAAAAACCAAACAGAAGCCCUUUUUCUAAAAUGCAUGUGUGCAUGUGUUUUUAAAUAUUGCUCAUGUUGUUUUGGCUUUCAAAUAAAUGUAAUGUGGUUAAUAGUAAAA